AUGUCAUCAGUUUCACUCAAAUUCUUGGCGCCUUCAUUGCCAAAUUCCAAUAGGUUCAGGCUCACAAGGCUCCAUGCAACUCCACCUCAGACUGUGGUGCCACCGGCAUCCGGGGCUGUGGGGAUCGAAGUGGAAAGGCUAGAACCUAGAGUGGAAGAAAAGGAAGGGUAUUUUGUACUUAAGGAGAAGUUCAGACAAGGUAUAAAUCCUCAGGAGAAGGUUAAGAUUGAGAAGGAGCCUAUGAAAUUGUUCAUGGAAAAUGGAAUUGAAGAGCUUUCUAAGAUGUCUCUCGAAGAAAUCGAGAAGUCAAAACUCACUAAGGAUGACAUUGAUAUGAGGCUCAAGUGGAUUGGCCUAUUCCACAGGAGGAAACAUCACUAUGGUCGGUUCAUGAUGAGAUUGAAGCUACCAAAUGGGGUUACAACAAGUGCUCAAACUCGAUACUUGGCGAGUGUUAUUAAGAAAUAUGGGAAGGAUGGGUGCGCAGACGUCACUACGAGGCAAAAUUGGCAAAUUCGUGGAGUUGUACUGCCUGAUGUACCAGAGAUUCUGAAGGGACUUGAAGAAGUUGGCUUGACUAGCCUGCAGAGUGGCAUGGACAAUGUGAGGAAUCCAGUUGGGAACCCUAUUGCUGGGAUUGAUCCAGAAGAAAUUGUUGACACAAGACCUUAUACUAAUUUGCUCUCACAAUAUAUCACAGCCAAUUCACGAGGCAAUCCUGCUUUUACUAACUUGCCAAGGAAGUGGAAUGUGUGUGUAAUUGGCUCACACGAUCUUUACGAGCAUCCUCACAUAAAUGAUCUUGCAUUCAUGCCUGCCACGAAGAAUCGUCGCUUUGGAUUUAAUUUGCUCGUGGGUGGUUUCUUCAGCCCAAAACGAUGCGCUGAGGCGAUCCCACUCGAUGCAUGGGUUCCGGGUGAUGAUAUACUCCCAGUUUGCAAAGCUAUACUGGAAGCUUUUAGAGAUCUUGGUACAAGAGGGAACAGGCAAAAAUGCAGAAUGAUGUGGUUGAUUGAUGAACUUGGAAUAGAAGGAUUCAGGGCAGAGGUUGUGAAGAGAAUGCCUCAACAACAGCUGGAAAGAGAAUCAUCUGAAGACCUGGUACGGAAACAAUGGGAGAGGAGAGACUACCUAGGAAUACAUCCUCAAAAACAGGAAGGCUAUAGCUUUGUUGGUCUACAUGUCCCUGUGGGACGUGUCCAAGCAGACGAAAUGGACGAGCUUGCUCGUUUAGCUGAUGAAUAUGGCUCGGGUGAACUCCGGCUAACAGUCGAACAGAACAUUAUAAUCCCAAAUAUCGAGAACUCGAAGAUUGAAGCAUUGCUUAAAGAACCACUUUUAGAGAGAUUCUCCCCAGAGCCACCUCUUCUCAUGAAAGGCUUAGUAGCUUGUACAGGCAACCAGUUCUGUGGACAAGCCAUAAUCGAGACAAAGGCGCGCUCUCUUAAGGUAACCGAGGAGGUCAACCGACAGGUGUCCGUUCCUCGACCGGUAAGAAUGCAUUGGACUGGAUGUCCUAAUACCUGUGGACAAGUACAAGUUGCUGAUAUUGGAUUUAUGGGGUGCAUGACUAGGAAAGAUGGUAAAGUUGUUGAAGGAGCAGAUGUGUUUUUGGGUGGAAGAAUUGGAAGUGACUCACAUUUGGGAGAGAUUUAUAAGAAGGGUGUCCCUUGUGAUGACUUGGUUCCUUUGGUUGUGGACCUUUUGAUAGACCAGUUCGGGGCGGUUCGACGGGAAACCGAAGAAGCUGAAGAUUAG